UAGCACACCGGGCAGCUCUCAGCCAGAGAUCUUGGCGGCAGCGCUGCUGGGGCCGAGGGCGGCACAGCGCUGGUUCCGGACGCGGUGGGGCAGGAGCCAUGCCUCGCGGCCAUGUCAGCAGGUGCUCACUGGUGGACCGCAGAGGAGAGGAACCGAGUUGUGCUUGACCUGAAAGCAGCAGGAUGGCUGGAAUUAAGUGAGAGAGAUUCCAUCUACAAAGAAUUCUCUUUCAAAAAUUUUAAUCAGGCAUUUGGCCUUAUGUCCGGAGUUGCCCUGCAAGCAGAGAAGAUGAAUCAUCACCUGGAGUGGUUCAAUGGGUACAGCAACGUCCAGAUAACUCUAACAUCGCAUGACUGUGGAGUGCUGACCAAAAGAAUGUGAAACUGGCCAAGUGUAUUGAAAAAGCAGAAGCUUCUGUGUGAUUUCUUCCAAAACGCAAGUGAAAUCUUAUACGCACAUCUAUCUCCAAUGUAUUUUGAAGGCAG